AUGGCCGCCAGCCGAACUUCGCUGCAGCAAGCCGACGCCAGCAAAUGCCAUUGGCUUGGUGAGGCAUUGCCGGUAGCUGCGAGAGGUUAUGAAGCCACAAGAGUUCAAGAAGAUCGUCGACCGCAUAAACUCGGAACUUGCACAGGACCUGCACAAAAAUGCAAAGGAAAUUCGGUUUUGGUUCAAAGUUGUCGGUCUUUCGAUGAUUUUUAUCGUCGGAAUCUUGCUGUUCCCAGUGUUAUUGCAAAAAUCGAGGAGACAAUCCAGGCUGUUCGUCGAGUUUCAGGUAACAAAAGGCUGCUUAACUCCCAGGAAAAGGUUAAUCACUAUCUUCAGAGUCUCAACAAAAAGUACCUUCGCCGAAAUAUCGAAUGGAAGAUCGUCAAGCUGGACAAAGAAAAAUCGGGCGAUCAUCAAGGCAAUAGCUAUCUUGAUAAUAGGACCGGCGCAUCUCAGCAUCAAAAUUCCAACAACCACCGCAAAAGCGUGACCGUGGAAAUGAUCAACCCAUCUGCGCCAAUGCGACUGGAGGUUGUUUACGAAUCUGAAAAGUCGCGGCAAAUAAACAGACGUAUCUCUAUUCUACAGACACGACACCAAGGAACCCAGCCGGGGUCGACGACCUCUUUUACGGGGAUGAAUACGCCAACUCCGCCAAAUUCGGAUUCCGAGUGCCAUUCCGACAUCAUCCCGUCGCCAAAUUUGCGGCCUCUGGCAAUUUUGGACGGGCAGAGUCUUUGCUCGGAAGAAGAGCAGGGAUACGAAUCAGUAUCCUUCCCUUCCUCCGAUUCUUACUCUUCCAAAAAAAAGGCGAAAGAUGUUACGCCCCCUGCGCCUCUUCCGCACAAUCAGGUUGACAGCAAUGCGCUGUCUCCACCUGGUGUGUAUAAGUCCCGGCAGUCUGGCGUAGCUAACAAAAAAGGGCCAACCAUGCAAGAUUUGCAGAGAAAAAACAAGGAGUUUUACUCUGAAAAAAAUGCCAUCAUAUCUGAAAUGGCCACCUCCAAGAAGUCAAUGCGAAAAAAAAACCUUCCAACAAACCCAAAGCCGCCUCCGCUUGCAAAUUCUCAGAGAUCUUCCAUCAUGGUAAGGUCCUCAAUUGCAAUGCUUUUGAAGGAUGAAGGGGCGGCUCUUUCCAACAAAAAAAGCUACAUUGAGGGGAAAGGCCCCUCUGAAAAAACCCAAGAACUCUCCUUUGCCGACGCGAAACAGAAACUCUCCUUUGGCGAUUCGAACCAAGGAUUCUCCUCUGACAAGCAUCUCCGUGAAUAUAAAAACGAUAUUCUCCGUGAAAUGAUGGAUGUUCGCCAGAAAAAUCGCUUGCCGACCCGGCAAAGAAACAAAGAAUAG